CAUUGUUGUUGACUGUUACAAAUGCACUAUGAAUCAAGACUUCUUACUGUUCACAUUCUGGUAAAUACAUUUUGAAAUUUCCUUCUGUUUUGUGGAGAGUCUAGAUUUAAGUUGCCUCUUACCAGUGAUUUAGGAUAAACUAAACCUAACCCCAUCCUGAGCAGUGAUUAUAGGAAGUGAAAAGCAAAACUGACCCUAGAUCUGUGUCACAGAGGUAAAGGGCUGUCCAUUUUUGGUUGUGCCAGAGCUUGGACCUAUUUAGCAGGAAUAAUGGUUUAAUGCAGACCACAAUGAUGAUACCUGCCAUUGGACAGUUCUGGUGUUAUGAUGGUUUCUUGACACAGAGGAUUUGUUUACAUAACCGGUUAGGAUAAUUCACACGGCAGGUUAGGAAAAUGGUUAGGCGUAGACACAGUUGUCAACAACCAUUAUCCCCGGCAAACAUGCCACAGACCAAUGGCGAGCAUCAAUGGGUGUCAACUUGAUAACAAGAAACGCCUAUAUCAGAAAACGCCCCUAAUUGCGGUCUGCCAACGCAACAUCGAAAUCCCUAGGUAAAAUCGCGAGGAUAGGUCGCCGACUGGAGAAAGUCCACAUGGAAAAAUGAUGGCUACUCGAGUAGGGUUUGAAUUACAGCGGACAGUUCAACAACAGUAAAUAUUGAUAUUGCAGUCUACAUACGUUGAAGAUACACACAACGACAAAGUCAACGGAGUCCGUUGUUUUAGGGACCGCUGUUUUUGCAGUUGCGCUUCCAGCUGGUGCAGCUGGGUGACUUCACACGGACCUGAGUCAGGUGGAGGCGGAGCCACUUAAACCAGAAAUGUCAGAGAAGGUGCAGAAGGCCUUCAGGGUGCAGCUGUCCUCUGUCAUGGACUCCCUGCUCACAGCUGCCGUGUGUGAGAUUGCCAAGAUCUUUGAGGGCAGUCUGAAUGAGCAGCAGGAGGAGUUGACACAGAAAGGAGACGAGAUCUCUGCAUUGAUGGAGAAGCUGAAGCAGGCAGAGGGGAGGUUGAAGGAGGAAGCAAAAGGAGGAGAGGACCCGGACAAUACCUCUGGACAAACAGUCUCUUCCGUGACGGCAAUUUCUGAGAUGGAAGUAUCCGAUUGGUGCGAGCCUCUUCAGUCAGAAGAUUCCUUAAUUCCGCCCUCAAAGAUCAAAAAGGAAAAUGAGUGGUCAUGUGUGGACCUCCGACCACUGAGUGUGUCUCUAUGGCGCAUCCCUAACAUCAAAAUAGAGCAGGCUGAAGGUUUUGAUAACCACCUGCUGACGGCCCUAGCCAGGAGUCCUCCACGAAAAGGGUUGGCUGCAGAGUGGUUGUUAAACAGACGGCUAAGAGACUUACCUGAACUGAGUGCGACCGGGUCAGGGUACAGUCAUGUUUCAGUGGGACGCGGUCGGGGCCAGGGGCUGAGGAAGACCCAUGGUCGUCUGCUGCGCAUGUUCGAACAAGAAAACCCGGAACCCCAGAGCAACCCGGAACCCCAGAGCAACAACAUAUCAAACAACAAUGUCUUGAGUCACCACACAAGACAAGGAAAAGAUAGUGACUUACAAAACAAACACAGUGAGGGGAGUCAUGGGAAAACGAGUGACAUAGUGAAGAAGGUAGGAAGGAGAAGAAAGCAUUUCAAAAUGGAACCCGAUACGGAUGGACAAGCGGUAAUCAGUGGAACUGACAAGAGUUUCAGAUGCAAAUACUGUGGGAAGGGCUUUGGCCGUGAGUUUGGUCUUUCUGUGCACAUGAGGUCUCAUAAAAAGGUGAAAAUCAAGGGGACAUACAAAUGUCCUAAGUGUCCCAAAAAGUUUCAGUACCCAAGUGCUCUUAGUGUGCACACGCGGGACAUCCACGAGAAGAGCAUACCUUGCUCCAGCGUCAAAGACAUUUCAGACUCAGUCAAGCACAAUGUGAAACCCCUCUCCCCCAGCAGAGCCAAGCCUACUUCCUGUGACGACAAACCCCUCUCCCCCAGCAGAGCCAAGCCUACUUCCUGUGACGACAAACCUCUCUCCCCGAAAGACAAACCUGUGUCCCCAAACAAUAAAGCUGACACACCCAAAGAAAGCGGCACACAUCCAAAAGUGUAUUCUUGUUACGUUUGCCAUAAGAAAUACACUUCUGCACAUUCCCUGCGGGACCAUGGGCGUAUUCACACAGGUGAGAGGCCAUACCCUUGUAACCAGUGUGGACAGAGGUUCCGUGUAAAGCAGUUCCUGAUAUUACACUUGCGUAAAGCCCAUGUGGAUGUGUACGGGGGUGAGGAGAGCAACGGAGACCUCUCCUGGACUGCACCUAUUGAGGAACCCAUAGCAAACGGUGCAGAGCAGCAACCUGCCAUCAAGUCAAAAGGCAAAGAUGAUCGACGAGUAAACCUCAAACGGAAGCAAAUGACAGAAACAGACGACCUGUUCCAAUGCACAGUGUGUAAAAUGCUGCUAAAUUCACAGAUUAGCCUCGUUCAACACUUCCACAUCCAUACAGUUGAGAAACCACUGAGCUGCGAAGUUUGGCAAAACAUUCCGCUACCAUCCCGUCUUGAUCAGCCACUGGAGGUCCACCCACCCGGGAAAGAAGUACUGGUGCCUGAAGUGUGUGAAGCAAUUAGAGACAAUGGCAGAACUUAAGACAUUUGCAACAAGUUCACCAGUUCAAGAAACAGAACCCGCUGUCCUCGCUGUAGCGGGACUUUCCACAACAGUAAUGACCUUUUAGGGUCCACUAUGAAACUGUCCAUGCCUGAGUAUUCAGUAGGGCCGGGGGUCAACUCCAAUUACAUUCAGGAGAUACAUUUGUUACAUUUUUGUAAUCAUUGACUGAGGAAAAAGGAAUUGACCCCAACCCUGGUGCCCCGUGAACUAACAUGAUGCUGAGAGAGGAUGAAGAAAGAGAACUCAACUUGAUAUGGUGAUCAGUCAGUUGUCUUGUGGGCAGCAGGUUCUCAGCUGAUCACCUUUUUUUUUUAAAGUCCGUGCCAGACUGGUUUAUGAUGAUUUUUAUUCUAAAAGUCUUGGGGGGUUUUGUUUGAUGUUUGAUGUUUUUGUUCCAUGUAAAUGUGUCUAUUGAUUUAUAUUCUGUAUUAUGACAAAUGUAACAUGAAUUGUACUGUAUAUUCCCCCUGUUAAGAAAGUCACAGGGCAGAGAAGACCCAUGUUUAUCUCUUCUGAUAAUAUACAUUUGCUCCAACUGCUUUUUUAAAAAACAAAUAAAAUCGGACAUUACCGGA